CAAUUCCGAUUACUCAUCUGACACUUCACAACAAAAAGUGUUAUGAUCUGUCAUUGAUGCAUAAUGUGAUGUUCUGUUUUGCAAUAUUUAAGAAUGCCCAUACAGGCACCACAGUGGACGGAAUUUCUGUCUUGUCCAGUAUGUUGCCACACAUUUGAUGGAGCUUUGAGGAGCCCCAUAAGUUUAGGUUGCGGACAUACAAUAUGCAAAGCUUGUCUAUCAAAUUUGCACAGAAAACAGUGUCCUUUUGAACAAAAUGUUAUAAGUAUAGACAUCGAAAAUUUACCAAUCAACACAGCCUUACUUCAACUUAUUAUACCUUUAAAUAAAAGUGAACAUGAUGAAACAACAGUUGACUUCAAAAUUAUACCAAGAGAGUUUACAAGUUUAUAUCUCAUAUCCAAGCAAUGUGUGGAAAAGUUGGCUCUCUAUCUCAAGCCAUUUCCCAAUGGAAGUGUAUCUGGGGGUGGUAGUAUACUUUCAAGGCCUAUGCAAAGAAAAUUGGUUACGUUGAUAAACUGUCAACUUGUCGAGGAUGAAGGAAGAACUAGAGCUAUGCGUGCUGCUAGAUCUUUGGGGGAAAGGACAGUUACAGAAUUGAUUUUACAACAUCAAAACCCUCAACAGCUGUCCAACAACCUUUGGGCUGCUGUUAGAGCCAGAGGUUGUCAAUUUUUGGGUCCAGCCAUGCAAGAGGAGGUAUUGAAGCUAGUACUUCUAGCUUUAGAAGACGGAUCAGCAUUAUCGCGAAAAGUUCUUGUGAUGUUUGUUGUUCAGAGGUUAGAACCACAUUUUCCCCAAGCUUCAAAAACGAGUAUCGGACAUGUUGUACAAUUAUUGUAUAGAGCUUCAUGCUUCAAGGUUUCGAAAAGAGAAGGCGACUCUUCCCUCAUGCAGCUGAAAGAAGAAUUCAGAACGUACGAGGCCUUGCGUAGGGAGCACGAUGCUCAGAUUGUACAAAUUGCAACGGAGGCGGGUCUUAGAAUUGCACCUGAUCAAUGGUCUGCAUUGUUGUAUGGCGAUACCGCUCACAAGUCGCACAUGCAGAGCAUCAUUGAUAAGUUGCAAACGCCUCAGUCCUUUGCGCAGAGCGUACAAGAGCUUCUGAUCGCUCUGCAAAGAACUGGCGAUCCGGGGAAGUUGUCCGCUUUGAGACCACAUCUGGAACUACUGGCUGCCAUAGAUCCUAGUGCAGAAUCGGCCAUACCAUCUUGGAAAGAGUUCAGCGAAGCCCUGGAAGCAGUGCAACAAGUUGUCGCUGGUCUGGUGGAGUUCAUCCACCAAUAUGGCAACCGGAAACUUCAGGAUACGACACAUUCUCAGCAUGCCAAAUACAAAAUCAGCAUGUGUCGUGAUCUGACACUUCGCGGUAGUUGUCCCAGGAGUACCAAUUGUACAUUUGCCCACUCAAAUGAAGAGCUUGAGAAAUACAGGGCCAAAAAUCGCAAAACGAUGAUCAGGAACAAGGAGCACAGGAUAGACAGUCAGAGUCCUUCGGAUAAGAGUUAUAAUCAGCCAGAGGAGUAUUACACACCUAUACCUAACACUGCUGCUCCUAGUCCUGUUUCUAUGCCAACUAUGGUACCGGGCAUGGUCCAAGGAAUGAGUUAUGACGUUCCUCCUUACAUCAAAUAUCCAAGAAAUACACCGCACCAUUCUUCCCCACAACAAAUGUUUCCCAAUGGUUUGAGCCCCUUUUCGCCGCAUGAAAUGUACGGUUCCAAUCAGUCGAAUGUGAUGGUGUCAAAUAAUGGUCAGAAUUACUUUUCAUCUCCGGAAUUCUCCGAUUUAAAUCAUCCCAACUUACCUUCUGAGGCUCCGAGGUCCACCAACUGGGAUAUGGCAAAGAACCAAAACAUGCCGGUCCAACCUAAAUUGCCUCGUGGACAGGGAAAAAGCCUUGCUGAACUGUAUCAGCGAAAGCAAGAGGUAAUUUCGCUUCUGGAGAAAGUAGUAGGGAAGAAUGCUGCUACAGCAAUAUCUAAUGAUGCAACAACUCUAGCGCGGCAAGAGUCUCAAAUUGACAUGGACAGUCCCUCGUCACCUUAUAGCUUUUUACCACCACAUAUGAAUACGGGGCCGACGUUUGUGAGAUCGGAUUCAAUUUUAACGCCAGAUGAUGAUUACGUCCCAUACGAUUCUCCUUCUAUCAACAAGUACGGUCCCAUUUCUAGGAUGCACAAGGAUAACAAUUUGAGUCAGUCUACCUCGUUUCGAGAUUCCAGUUUACCGUCUAAUUUGACUCAUAGGCCAAUGUCUUCAGGAAGUCCACUAGCUUCACUGUAUUAUAACAAUAAUCCUCAAAUAUAUCCUCCAAAUAUACCACAAGGAGCUUACGUUUCAUCAGGAAAUGUGAUAAGUCCCCAAUUUUUGCAUAUGCAUCCGAGGAUGCAAGAUCAUUCCAAGGAAAUAAUGGCUGAAUCUCAGCGGGUUAGUUUGCAGUUGCGAAGUUUAGAGAAGCAACUGAAAGAUUUGAACAAGUUAGCAGCACAGAAAAUGCCCAAUCUGAGCGAAAGCGACAAGCUCACACAAGAGUUGCAACUGAUAGAACAAGGAAUACACGAAAAACAAAAGGAGGCAUGUCUGAACCACAUAGUCAAUUCUUGGAACUUGACUAUGAACGCCAAUAUAAACCCUGGGCCAUCGGAAGAUAACAUGUAUGAAGACGACAUAGCCAACGAUAUGAAGGAGCUCGAGCUUCGUUGGAAGGAGGAACUGGAAGAACAAGAAAAGAGGUGGAGCAGUGAGGAUGACUCUAACAAGUAACUAUUUUAAUUUCGAUUUUUAGAAGAAAUUUAAAAUAACCCGAUGGGUUCUAUUUUCAUGACAUAAUCUUAUGUUAGCAUCAAAGACUGCAUAACAAUAUAUGUAUAUACUUUUAUUUUGAAUCAUGAGAUAGCAAUUUCCGUAAUUUUUUUUAAAUUGAUCGUUUUUUAUACAAUCUGAAGACUUUUCAUCGAAUUAUUUUAAUUUUUUUUUUUUAAUUAUGUUGUUUCCAGUUGUUUACAUCGAUUUUUACUUUUUUAGAUUUGACAUUAUUUUCGCAUCGAUUUAAUUUUUUUCCUCAUUGAAAUAUUGAGACUGGAUUUUGCACCCCUGAAGUGUUUCAUUGUUGGUAUUGAAAGUUGUCAUGAAUUGAUAUUCAAUGAAUUAUUCGAUCGGUUACAUUUGUCUUUAGAAAGUUGACAGGACUGCAUCAAGAAAUCAAUUUCUGGUGAUUCAAAAUAUGAGUCAUUAGUCCUAAUAUAUAAUUUUAAUUCAUAAUUAAAAGUAUAUGUGGUGCAUUUCAAUAUGUAUUUAAAGAAAAUUGCUGAACUCGGUGAUAGUUCCAGUUUUAUUGGAAAGUUGACUCGAGGGCCUAUUGCGGUAAGUGUAUAGGGUGGGGAAUUCUUGAAGUGGGAGAUCAAGAACUUCUGAACGGUCAUUUUCGUUGAAGAAAACUUCUUCGAUUCAUUUAUCGAAAAAAAUUAUUUGGUGGUUUUCUUCAGCGAAAAUUGGCCAAUUUUGUUAGAUAUGGCAAUCACAUUGUCACACUUCUCUGCCUACUCCUAAAUAUUUAUAUAAUAUAAUCAUGCUGUGUGUGAUUGGGUAUAUCAAUGUUAUGAGUUGAUAUAUAUUUAUAAUGAUGUAAUAUCUUGAUUUGAUGCAUUUGUUUGAAAAUGCAUGGGACUAACGAUAUGCUUAAAUUGAUUGAAAUAUACAAUUUACAAAGUUAAAUAUGCUUUAUUUUAUUUAAGAUGUUUAUGGGAUGUUUGAUACCUUUCAACAUGGAUUUAUCGUAUUCGAAAUGCAAUUGUUUGCAUUGUAAUUUUAUUAUGCAAUUAUUUUUUUAUUAUCGAUGUUUUACUUAAUAUUUUAUAUUGGAUUAUAAUUUUGAUAGAAAAAUCAUUUUUUAUGUGUAAAGAUGGUGCUUAAAUUAUGUAGUAAUUUUUAUCCAUGGUCUGAAGGUUUCAUUUAGUCCCAAUUUUGUAUUUAUACAGAAUCAGAAUAGGUAAUAUUCUUUCUUUAUAUUAUUGGAAUUGUUGACAAAUUUCAUGGAAAACUUAAUGAACUUUUAAUGUUGAACAAUAUUAUGGUAUGAUCUAUUGAUUGCAUUCUCAAAAUAUCUUUAAUAUAUUAUCAAAAUAAUUUUGGAGGAGUUUUUGGUGAAGAAAUUAUAGAAGUGAAGGAAAGAAUAAUAAUAUUCAAAAACAAUCUUGAAGGCAAGAUUCAAUCAUUCAAUUUUAGUGAAUACCUCGUAAAUCUUACAACUUCCUCACUAUCCUUGAAUUUCCUCAAAAACUUCUACUCUUAUAGGUAUUAAUUAAAUUAUUUAUCAAUUUGUUGUUGUUUAUUAAUCUUCUUUAACUUAUAUACUCACUUCUGAAAAUUAUUAUGAUGACGCGCUUAUGAUUUUUUUAUAAUCGGACAUAAUAAUUCUGAAUAAAUAUAGUGCAAUUUCACUUGGUAGGUGACAUGUAUGUCUGUAUUUGUUGGAUCAUAUUUAAAUUUAUCACUUUUAUCUCACUGUGCUAAUAUGGCUAUUUAUUAUAUAUAAAGUAAAGGCUUCAGGAUGGACAAGUGAUUAAAACAAUUUGAAAUUUUCAGUAUGUUCAAUUUCUAAAAUUAUCAAUUUUUCUUUCGAAUCUCCAUGUAUAUUCAUUUAAAUGAUGUAUUUAAAUUUUUAAAGAAAAUUCAUUCAAACCUUUCCAAGACAAAAUUUAUGCUAUUUAUUUUCUUCAAGACUUUCAUGAAACUUUGAAUCUUCUCAUGUUUUUAAUUUUAUAUCUGUUGAUAUUUUAUUAUUACCUAGCACAAAAUUGUAGGGGUAUUUUCAGUGUAAGCUGAAGAAUUUCGGAAUUUGAAAGAUUGCCAUUAUGUCAAUUUUUUUUUCAUAAAUAUCUUAUGCUCAGCCGUGACAGCCAAAUUUGCUUAGCUCUGUUCGAUGGACUAAAUUGGAUUUUCAAAAGAACAUGAGUCAACUUUUCCGGACAAAUCAUUCGAAAAAAUGAGUGAAAGUUGUUAUGACAUUGAACAUAUUCAUUGUCUUGUGCAUUUCAUAACAUUAUAGUUAUCAAAGAAAAGGUUGACUGAUGUUCCGAAUUUUUUAUUUCACUUGUGAUUGUUUGAUCUUCUGUAAUUUCGAUAUCUGCAAUAUUAGUCUAGGCUGUGUAUUUUCCUUUGAUGUUUUAAAACUUUAUUUUGUACCUUUAAAUAAUAUGUUUGCCUCAGUGUCAAACAGUGACAUAACGGAAAAGGAAAAAAAGGUGUUCCUAAUUUUUUUUUUCAUAUGAUUAUCGGGGAUGUCUAAAAUUAUGAUGUUUUUCUUUUUGGAGGUUCUCAGUGUGUGAUAAGUUUGAGUAUAUUAUUCAAAAAAUCUGGGAUUUAUUUUGAACUUAAUAACAUGGAACUGCUACAACAAGUAUGAACAUUUGGAAAUUUCAUUGAUUUCUAAUUUAUAUGGUCAAUAUUAAAGAUUUUUUCAGUUAAUCCAAGUAAAUGGUAGUCAACUGAAGUUUGUCUCAAUAUUUAAUUUUAUUUAAUUAAUUUCGAUAUUUUACAAUUUACACUGAUUAGCUAAUUUUCUUCCUUGGUCGAUAUGCCAUUGUCAUCCACUAAGUCUUUUUUGGCAAUCAUUUUGUAGUCGGUCAUGUUGCACAUGUGGUUAAUAUUUGCUACUAUACUGAUUAUAUUAAUCACGUUUGUAUUAUAAUUGGGUGGAAGUAUAUAUUUAUAUAUUAUACCUGUAAUAAAUUAUAUUGCAUUAA